AUGUGUAGCCCUUCAGACGUGUGCAGGGCCCUUCCAAACUUCGAUGUUGUGCUGGUUUGUGAUAUGUUUGUGGAUUUGCCUCGCAAAUUGUGGAGCCCCAAAUUGGAUCAAGCGCUACACAGCUUUGUCGUGCAGGGUGGAUUUCUGGCCUUUGUUGGCGGGGAGCCGCUGGCGAAAGACCGCAUCUUCAAAAAUGUUUUUGGGUUGGUUAACUCUUGGACAUGGCACGGUGAGACUGGUGCUGAUUGUAUCAAAUCACCUCACCUUGACGAUCGCAUACCGGACAUGGCUUUGGCUCCACAACACUUGAGGGGGCGAAAACUGAUGCCUUUGAGGGUUGCGAAGCCUGAAGAGCGGAUUUUUGUAUUGGAGUUGGAUCAAGAGUCGGAUGAGGAUUCCGAAGCAACAGAAGAUUCAUCAUUGGAGCCUCGCGUUGUGUGGGACUUAUGCGGGGUUUCGCUCACGCAACAGGGAUUCGGUUCGCUUGUGAAUCUAGGUGAGAUGCGUUCCUUCGAGGGUGCGUGGUGGGAUGCUUUAGUCUGUUUGGUCGAAGGACAUGCUGCCAAGCCACCUCUCCUCGAGGCAAUGGAGAUUGCUUUAAGCCAAGGUGUGGCAACGGUUGAGGAUGAUGAUGCUAAGGUGAUAAGAAUGGAGGCUUUGGUUGAUGAUGCCUUCGAGGCUGUCUUGAAUGCCAAUGAGGCAAAGUUGCGAGACCUGCUGAGGUUGAUUAAUCCAAACAUGGUGGCAGAGCAUGGCUUCUCGCUUCUUAUGCACGCGGCCCAAACGUCUGAAGUCACUAUCAUGCGUUUGUUGUUGAAUGCCAGAGCUGAUGUCAACCAAGUUGAUGAGGACAAUGGUUGGUCAGCGCUGCACUAUAUGGCAGAUUCUCCCAGAUGUACUCUAGAAGGAUGGAGCUUUCUGAUAGAAUCCGGUGCUGACGAAACUUUGAGAAGUCAAUUUGGAGAUUCACCAAUGGACAUUGCGCGUGAGAACCGUUUCCUCCGUUUACGCCACCGACAUCAACCAAUCCACGCAUGGUGA